UGACCUUGUCGGUCUUAUAAAAACGCUAACGCUUCCUGCUCUCUACUUCACAGCUCAAAAAAUAGUAACGAAGAUGAAGUUGAAAUAUCCCUUUGUCCUCAUUCACAUUAGUACAGUGGUGUUUAUCUUAGCAGAGUCAAGUCGGCCGCCAUUUGCCUGCGAUUCAUCUCACCCACUAACCAAAUCUUACCCAUUCUGCAAACCUACACUCCCCAUCAACCAAAGAGUCCAAGAUCUCAUCUCCAGGCUCACACUAGAUGAGAAGAUAUCCCAACUCGCUAACUCAGCUCCACCCAUUCCUAGGCUCGGCAUCCCCGAGUAUGAAUGGUGGUCCGAAGCCUUACAUGGUGUUGCCUAUUUCCCCACUUUACAUACUGGUAUGAGUCUCAACGGAACCAUUCAGUCCGCCACUAGUUUCCCCCAAGUCAUUCUCACUGCUGCUUCCUUCGAUGUUCAUCUUUGGUACCGCAUUGGUCAGGCAAUUGGAAGGGAAGCUAGAGCCAUAUAUAAUGCUGGACAAGCAACGGGGAUGACAUUUUGGGCACCAAAUAUUAACAUAUUUAGGGACCCUAGGUGGGGAAGAGGGCAAGAGACACCAGGUGAGGAUCCUGUUGUUACUGGGAAAUAUGCAGUCUCGUUCGUGAGAGGGAUACAAGGGGAUACUUUUGAAGGAGGGAAACUUGGCCAUCAUCUUCAAGCUUCAGCUUGUUGUAAGCAUUUUACAGCUUAUGAUUUGGAUAACUGGAAAGGAGUCAACCGUUUUGUCUUUAAUGCAAAGGUUAGUUUACAGGAUUUAGCAGAUACAUAUAUGCCUCCAUUUCGGAGUUGCAUAGAGGAAGGUAAAGCCAGUGGGAUAAUGUGUGCUUACAAUCGUGUUAAUGGAGUCCCCAAUUGUGCAGAUUACAAUCUCUUGUCAAAAACAGCCAGAGCACAAUGGGGUUUCAAUGGGUACAUAACAUCUGAUUGUGAUGCUGUCUCCAUCAUUCAUGAGGAACAAGGAUAUGCUAAAUUACCAGAGGAUGCAGUAGCCGAUGUUCUUAAAGCUGGAAUGGAUGUCAACUGUGGUAACUAUUUGAAGAACUACACCAAAUCAGCUGUCGUAAAGAGAAAAUUGCCUAUAUCUGAAAUAGAUAGAGCCCUUCAUAACCUUUUCUCUGUUCGAAUGAGACUGGGGCUUUUCGAUGGCAAUCCACUUCAACAGCCUUUUGGUAAGAUUGGUCCAGACCAAGUUUGUUCCCAAGAGCAUCAGAAUCUUGCCCUUGAGGCUGCUCGCAGCAGCAUUGUCCUUCUAAAAAACAACUACAGACUCCUCCCAUUUUCGAAAGCAAAAACUGCUUCUCUUGCAGUAAUAGGCCCUAAUGCCAAUUCUGCAAAAACACUACUUGGCAACUAUGCAGGCCCUCCUUGCAAAACUGUUACACCUCUGCAAGGGUUGCAAAGAUAUGUUAAAGACAUCACGUAUCACCCAGGUUGUAAUGCAGUUAACUGUUCUUAUGCUUUGACUGACCAAGCUGUGAAAGUAGCAAAAGGGGCAGAAUAUGUGGUGUUAGUAAUGGGAUUGGAUCAAACCCAAGAGAGGGAAGAACUCGAUCGUGUAGACUUGGUUCUUUCACCAAAGCAACAGAACCUGAUCUCUAUAGUCGCAAGAGCAGCUAAGAAUCCAGUUGUUUUGGUGCUUCUUUCUGGAGGUCCAGUAGAUAUAAGCUUUGCCAAAUACGAUAAACACAUUGGAAGUAUUCUAUGGGCUGGUUAUCCAGGUGAAGCUGGAGGUCUUGCAUUAGCAGAAAUUAUAUUUGGUGAUCACAAUCCAGGAGGGAGGUUACCAGUUACUUGGUAUCCACAGAGUUUUGUUAAAGUACCAAUGACAGACAUGAGAAUGCGUCCUGAACCAUCAUCAGGCUAUCCUGGACGCACUUACAGGUUCUACCAAGGACAAAAGGUUUUUGAAUUUGGUUAUGGUCUGAGCUACUCAAACUAUUCUUAUGAAUUUCUCCCUGUCGCACAAAACACGGUCUAUUUAAACCAUCCAGUAAAGUCUCCAAAGGCUGAGCUUGAGAACUCAAAUGCUCUCAAACACAUACCAGUUUCAGAGAUAGGAACAGAACUUUGCAAUAAGAGAAUCCCAGUCACAGUUAGAGCUCAAAACCAUGGUGAUAUGGCAGGUAGGCACCCACUUUUGCUAUUUGUCAGGUCAGCAAAAGCUGGUAAUGGGAGGCCUGAAAAACAACUGGUUGCGUUCCAGAGUGUUAUUCUGAAUGCUGGGGAAAGAGCAGAUGUUGAAUUUGAGUUGAGCCCUUGCGAGCAUCUUAGCACAGCCAAUGAAGAUGGUUUGAUGGUCAUUGAGGAAGGUUCUCAUUUCUUGAGCAUUGAAGACAAAGAAUCUGAGAUAACAGUCAUCCUAUGAUACAAAGGAAUGGCUCUCAAAAACACGGGAAAUACAAUCCUGCUAUUCCAAUAAAAAAAGCUGUUUUGUCUCCUUUAAGAAUAAUUUUCUCUUGCUUGCAAAUUAUGAGUGAUGAUUUUGUAUUCCCUACAAUGCUAUUUCCCUAUUAGGAACAAAGCAAUGCAGUAAAAGAAUGAAAACAGAACCUUAAAGCAGUAA